AUGAUCUUUCCAUACAAAUUUCUAGUGCAUUCAACUGAUUAUGGCCUUAGUAUUGAUGAAAAUCUUGACGACGGUAAAAUAUUGUUAUUACCAAGUCAAAUUCAAAAAAUUAGUAAUCUGAUCUUAAUACUAUGCUAUCAGCGAGAUGUCGUGCAGAAUUUAAUAACUGCAGUUAAUAAGAUGGAAAGAAAACAUAAGGCUAUGAACUUGUUUGAAUGGUUAAUGCAAAUGAAAUACUACUGGUUUGAUCAAGAUCAAGAAUGUGUGAUUAAAUCACUGGAUGCAAAAUUUGAGUACGGUUUUGAAUAUCAGGGGAGUUAUACUCGCUGUGUUGUUAGUCCAUUGACAGAACGUUGUUUCGUAUGCUUAAAUCAAGCCAUUCACUAUCACCUUGGUGGACUUUGUCUAGGUCCUGCUGGUUGUGGUAAAAAGGAGACAAUUAGCCAAUUAACUAUUAUGCUUGGUAAACCAUUUUAUAACUUCAAUUGCACCUAUGCAAUUAAUCAUAACUUGAUGGUAGAUAUAUUUAAAGGCAUGGCAGGUACUGGUGCUUGGAUAUGUCUAAAUAAUAUCGAUAAUUUAGAUGUACACAUUCUAUCCUUAGCAUCUCAGCUUUUGUCAGCUAUUUUUUAUGCUUUGAAAACAAGAGAAGAAUUUAUCACGAUUGAGAACGAGACAAUCCACUUAGUUCCAACAGCAGCUUGCUUAUCAAUUUUAGUCGAUAAUCCUAAGGCUAACUAUAAUAAAUUGUCUUUACGCACUGGCUACUUCCCCAGCUCAACAUCGUCAACAGCGGCGCUACCUAAGUGCUUAUUGGACCUCUUUAGGCCUGUAACUUUGGUUAAUCCGGAUAUUAAACAAAUUACGGAAGUUUUAUUGACUACGCAUGGUUUCAAUUAUGCACCGCAGUUAACAAAGCAGUUGUUAGCUUUCAAAAACUUGACUGAGGAUUUCCUUCAUAUGCCUGCAAUGAUUAAAGAUACCGCUACAUAUGAAAUUUCGAAACCUUUCGCAAAGUCUAUUAAUUUAAUUGGUACGAUGACAGAAGAUGAACAGCGAAAAGCUGAAGAGGAAGCACUUGUAAUUGCCAUUAGAAAUAACUUUGUGCCCCGUUUAGUAGAGAAAGAUGGUAGCCUGUUCGCGAUGAUACUUACAGAUAUCUUUCCUGCAGUAGAUGUUCCAAUCAUUGUCGAUAACGAAAUUUCGGAAGCUAUAGCAGUUUCUCUUUCUAAAAAAUACCUUCAACCCGGUCCUAUUUUCACUUCACGUGUAUUACAAUUAGCCCAGUUAGUUUCAAUUCAUCGAUAUAUCUUAUUGGUUGGGCCAUCUGGUUGUGGUAAAUCGAAAAGUAUCCAAACAUUAUCAGGUGCCUAUUCUGAAAUGGGUAGAACAGUUAAUUUACAACCCAUCAAUGUACGCUCAAUAGCAAGGACGGCUUUUUUCGGACAAUUCGAUAGUAUUACUGAAGCAUGGAAAGAUGGC